CAAAGUACUUCAUCACAUGCUGUUUGACCAUUCCUUAUUACUCAUCCACCCCACUUUUUCAUUUGCUGACCAAAACAUUGUCCUUAUUCACAACACUACAUCACCAUUUAAACCCUUCCAUGCUACUACUACCAUACUCUAAGCCAUAACAACAUUCAAAUCAAAAAAAUGGAACCAAAGUUAACUAUCCAUUGUCACAGAAAUGAGUUCCUUCCAACAACAAACAAUGGCAAUACACGUUUGCCAGAGAGUCCUAGAAUACCAAUGGAGUUUCUUUCAAGAUCAUGGAGUGCCUCAGCUUUUGAGGUCUCUAAAGCAUUGUCACCUCAACCACCACCCCCUCCUCCUCCUUCUAAGGCUUCUACUAACUCUAUUCCUGAAGAAACUAUUACUACUCUUUCUCAAGAAUUCUCAAACAUGUGUGGAAAUCAAUUCUCUUUUGCUACUUCAACUACUUCACAGCUUGUCCUUGAACGUAUCAUGUCACAAUCCGCAAGAGAGGAAGUGUCUCCAUUAACAUCAGGUAGAUUGUCUCAUAGCAGUGAACCAUUAAAUGGUGGUUCUUUAACAGGAACAGAUAGUCCACCAAUUUCUCCUUCUGAUGAGUUUGACGAUGUUGUUAAGUUUUUUCGUGCAAACAAUUCCAUACACCCUUUAUUCAAUGGUACAAGAGCAAUGAGUAGUGGAAUUGGCAAUGCAACUCCUUGUUCAGGACCUAAAACAGUAGGAAGAUGGUUGAAAGAAAGAAGAGAAAAAAAGAAAGAAGAAAACAGAAGCCAUAAUGCUCAACUUCAUGCUGCUAUUUCUGUAGCUGCUGUUGCUUCUGCAGUUGCAGCUAUCACUGCAGCAACAGCAGCAUCAACUACACCUAAUAAGGAUGAGAAAAUGGCUAAGACUGAUAUGGCUGUGGCUUCUGCAGCAACACUUAUUGCUGCUCAAUGUGUUGAAGCUGCUGAAGCAAUGGGAGCUGAGAGAGAACACCUUGCUUCUGUUGUUAGUUCUGCUGUUAAUGUCAAAUCUCAUGAUGAUAUCACUACUCUAACUGCUGCAGCUGCCACAGCUCUAAGGGGGGCAGCAACAUUGAAAGCAAGAGCAUUGAAAGAGAUGUGGAAUAUUAGUACUGCAGUGACACCACUUGAGAAAAGCAUAGGAAUUGGAAUAUGUGGUGGUAAAGGUAAUAACAACAGUAGUUCUAGCACUAGUGAAAGUGGAGGAGAGGUUAUCAAUGCAGAUAAUUUUCUGAGUACUUGCAGCCAAGAACUUCUUGCUAGAGGAACUGAAUUACUCAAACGAACUCGCAAAGGUGAUCUUCACUGGAAAAUAGUUUCUGUUUAUAUACAUCGAACCGGCCAGGUGAUGCUGAAAAUGAAAAGCAGACAUGUUGCAGGAACCAUUACAAAAAAGAAAAAGAAUAUUGUGUUGGAUGUGUGCACAAAUUUACCAGCUUGGCCAGGAAGGCAUCUAUUAGAGGAUGGUGAAAAAAGAAGGUAUUUUGGAUUGAAGACAGAAUCAAGAGGUUUAGUUGAGUUUGAAUGUAGAAAUCAAAGAGAAUAUGAAUUGUGGACACAAGGUGUUUCAAGACUUCUUUCCAUUGUUUCACACAGGAAAAACAGAAAUGGAAUCUAAUAUUUGUUCCCAAUCUAGCCAAUGUUGACUACUAAACUUGUUUAAAAUCAAACUAUAUUAUAUUUAUGUAGUUAGCUUUGUUUUGCAAAUCCUAUAAGGGAAAUUAAUAGAUUUUGUAACAUUGGAAUGAGCAAUGAAGUGCUAGAAA